UUUCAGGUAUCCCAUUACCUGGAAUGCAGACCCAAAGUCCAUUUGGUCCGUUACUCGGGAUUUCAUCAUCCUUGCUCCCAUCUCCAGUUACAGUAGCAGCAGCCGCUGCAGCCGCCAACGGACAUCAAGGACCAGUAUCGUUGACAACAUUUCCGUCGGCGUUUGCCGCUUUCGCUUCCCAAAUCAGAAAUAAUCAGCUGCAAUCAUUGCUCCAGUCUCAGAUUCAAGCAUUGAAUGGUGGUAUGGGAUCACCUGGAAAUGGUCCAGGAACUCCAUUAUCACGGAAUAAUUAUGCUCAUCAUCAUCAGCAACAUCAAAAUCAACAGCAUGUUGGAAAGAUUCGUGGAACAACCGAAUAUCCGCUGCGAAAACGUGUUGGUGGAUCAACAGUGAAAACAGCAAAAGUUUGGAGAUAUUUCGAUGAGCUUCCAACUAUUGAACAAGCUGCCGAGUGUCGAAUUUGCCGGAAAAAAAUAAAAGCAACUAAUUCAAGCACUACUGGAAUGAUUCGCCACUUGAGAAGUUGUCAUGUUCAAGAGUAUCAGCUUGUCCAAGAAGCUCGACAGAACAGUAUGAUCGUCAAAAUGGAAGAAAAAGCCCGUGCAAAGCUUCUCCGAGAAAUGAACGAAAAAGUUAUAACGAAUGGAAUUGAAAACACUCCGAUUGUGAAGAAAGAGUCCCAGACAGAAUCUCAAAAAUCUCCAUCUGCAUCCUCAUCAGCUUCUGAUACUGCAUCAUCUGCUUCAUCUUCCCAUUUCUCUACAAAUCCUUUGAUAGGUCUUCCAGCUCCAGUUGCCAUCAAGCCACCUGCUCCACCAACUCCUUCAAACUCAAUUCUCAAUCUAAGCCAAAGUCAAAAUCAGUGCCAAAAUCAGAAUCCAAUGUUCCAAUCACAAAAUAUCAAGAAUGAACCAACAGACGUUGAGGAGGAGGAUCUUGAACAAAAGCGUUCAAGAGAUAUUCUACAUCGUCCGUCUGAUUUGGGCACGAAAAUGUUUUUUUCUUCACCUAGAACGUUUAAUCUGACAUCUGCAUUCUCCAGCAUCACCCCAUUAGAAGAUCAUAAGUUCCAGAAGAAAAUUGAAGAUGAUCAUAAAAUUCAUAUGCAGAUUGCUCUGAUGCUUUUACUUGAUCAGCAGCCCUGUCAAAUUAUUGAUCGGCCAGGCAUUCGAUCGCUGUUUAAAUUUGUGCUUCCCGAAUACCACAUGCCCAGUGGUGAUGUCUUCCAAGCCACAAUAGUUCCUCAAUUACUGAAUCAAAUGAAACAACAAAUCGAAGCCCUUGUUCAUAAUAGCAGCUCAUUAAGCAGCAUUCCUGAUCAAGUGAUGACUUCAUCAUCUGCCACGUCAUCAUAUGAAGAUGUUUCAGUAAACGAAUCUCAGAUGGCUGGACCAAAUGUGGGUGAUGAGGAGGAAGAAAUUAUGGAAGAAGAAGUUGAGGAAGAUGAGAAUGUUGAGAUCGAAGACGAUACAUCGUCAGCAUCAUCGUCAAUUGACACGGAUACUUGUGAUGCAAUGGCUUCAUUCAUUCAUUUUAUUGGAAAUGACGCAUUUCCCCAUGAUGAGCUCAUUUCUCUUCUGUCCGUGGUCACAAAUCUCUUCACCUACUUCUCAACUCGUCCACAUGUUCAAACACAUCUUCAGAUGACUAUCAUCCAGCCGACAUCUCAGCCAUUAGUUCAACAAGUCCAAUUUGUUACCUCAAACCUGUCAAUAAUAUCUGACUAUAUCCGACAGACUCCUGAUAUGCAGCUUCUCCCACUUGCAGUAAAUCAGGAGGCAAUGCUUGAAAAGCUUGUAGAUCACAUUGAUCAACUUGUUUGAAUAUUUCAAGAUACUCUGUAGCUGUUUAAAUUCUCCUUUUUUGUGUUUAAAAUCCCCUUCAUCCAAACCCCAGUGAAAAAAACGAUUAUUUUUCUGUGUACUUUGGUAUCCUGAACCCCUUGAUUUGUUCACAAUUAUGUGAAGCUUUACUACCAUCAGUCGAUGUUCCAUUUUUCAAAAUGUUCUUUCAAUGCCUCCCACUUAUCCCUUUCCGAUGAUGGUCUCUGUGCUUUAUUUAGAUCUACCGUUAUUAAUAUUUAUUAUUUUUCGGUUUUUUAAUGUCUUCUGUAAGUUAUUGUCAUCCUUUUCACCUCUUUUUCAUGAAUAUCAAGUAGAAUCUUUCAGUUUUCUGUCUUUGUAUACUUUGCCAUUAUGUUUUUUCUGCAGAUAAAAAUCAGAAUAUCUAAAUAAAAAUUUAUUUUUGUACAAA